UGAGGGGCCCCGGGCGGCUCCGGGCCGGGGCCCCGCCGCGGGACGGAUCAUGCUACGCUCCACUGGCUUCUUCCGGGCUAUCGACUGCCCCUACUGGGCGGGGGCGCCCGGGGGGCCCUGCCGGCGGCCCUACUGCCACUUCCGGCACCGCGGGGCCCGGGGGCCUGGCGCGCCCGGCGGUGGCGGAGCGGCGUCCGCCGCAGCAGGGCUUGGCUAUGAUCCAUACAACCCCGAACUGCCCAAGCCCCCAGCACAGAGGGAGAAUGGCGCCCUGGGCCGGGGGGAUGAGCCCCGCUCGGACAUCCUGGAGCUGCAGCUGGUCAACCAGGCCAUCGAGGCUGUACGAAGUGAAGUGGAGCUGGAGCAACGGCGCUAUCAGGAGCUACUGGAGACAGCCCGCGAGUACAGCUCCGCUGAGUACAGUUCCACCGGGGCUGCUGCCCUGGCCCCCUGCGGUCCUGCUACCAGCCCCACCUCAGCCCUGGACAAGGAUGCCUUCCCGCUGACCUUCAGCUAUACCUCCAGCAGCCAUGGCCUGCUGACCCCUGAUGCCAGCUACCAGCCCACCCCGCUGGCCAGCCCUGCUGAACCUGGCAGCAAGUAUUCCCUGGCAUCUCUGGAGAGGGGUCAAGGCAAGGUGGGAGGGGGCAGCAGCGCCCUAGAGUAUGUUCCCAAGGCUGUAAGCCAGUCCCGGAGGUACGGCCGCCCUGUGCCCAGCAGCAAGUAUGUAGUGGACAACUCCAAGCCGUCCACUGACCUAGAGUAUGAUCCACUCUCCAAUUACUCAGCCCGGCACCUCAGCAGGGCCAGCUCCAGGGAUGAGAGGGCCACCAAGCGGCCCCGGGGCUGCCGUGGCAGCGAGCCCUACACACCUGCUCUCAAGAAGCCCUGUGACCCCUUUGGUGGCUGCGAUGCCAGGUUCUCAGAUUCUGAGGAUGACACCACCCCAGCUGCAGCAGAAGAGCCAGCCACAGCCAGCUCCCCUGUGGCCGAGGCCAGUCCUUCCAAGGCUGGGACAAGCCCCAAGAGCAAGAUCCCUGGGAAGCCAUCCCCGAAGGAGGGCCUGGAGCCCGAGGAGGGCAGUCUGCGGGAGACCAAGGAGAUGGCUGUUCAGUGUGACGUGGGAGACCUCGGGCAGCCCCCAAAGGGCCCAGAUGGGGCGUCCCCAGCCAAAUCUGGCUCCCCAGCCAGGGCCUUGCAGGGUCGGGGUGGCCCAAAGGAAGGCACACCCAAGAAGAAAAAUGGGACCCCACUAUCCCUUGGCCACAAGGACAGUGCCCGGAAGAAAGACAAGACCAAGGACAAAGACCGAGGGCGGUCCGAGAAACCAGGUGCAGGAAAGAAGAGCCUGCAGACUGGCAGCCCCCGGCAUAAGGCCGAGCGGCCAGAAGGGACCAAGAAAAAGCCAUCUUCAGCCACCCCAGUGGCCAGCUCAGGGAAAGGGAGGCCCACCAGUGGGGGCCCCCGGCCCCAGGACUCUCGUCCCAGUCCCCACCAACUGCCAGACAGGAAGGGUAGCGGGAAGAUGCCAUCAGGGAAGCUGGUAGAGCGCAAGGCCCGCUCGCUGGACGAGGGUGCCUCUCAGGAUGCCCCCAAGCUGAAGAAGCGGGCCUUAAGCCACGCCGAGCUCUUCGGGGAUGAGAGCGAGGAGGAGGGCCCCGGGCCCAGGGCCCUGCAGGUCCGUCCCCCUGCCCUCCCCAGCCUCAGCUCAGACUCAGACUCAGACUCGGACUCCAGCCUGGGCCUCAGCGCCCCGAAGCUGCCCAAACGUCUCAAGGCCUCCCCGCCCCCCUCCCCUGCAUCUUCCUCCUCCUCUUCCUCCUCCUCCUCCUCAGGGGCUGGGGAGGAUGCAGAGGAGGAUGUGGACUACUCGGCCCUGGAGAAGGAGGUCGACUUUGACUCCGACCCCAUGGAGGAGUGCCUGCGGAUUUUCAACGAGUCCACCAGUGUGAAGACGGAGGACAAGGGCCGGUUGGCCCGGCAGCCCCCCAAGGACGAGAAGAGUGAGGAGAAGGGGCAUGCCGGCCUGAUCACUCUGUUCCCAGGGCAGAAGAGGAGAAUCUCGCAUCUUUCCAAGCAAGGCAAGGAGGGAACUUGGCAGACUUGUUUCAACAGCUGCUGUGUCCUGGGGGAGAGGUGCAUUCUACCCACACAAUGUCCUCAGAUUCUCCCCAACGCUGAGCAGGUGUCACAGAGCAGGGGAGACUGCCAUGAGUCCUGGCCCCAGUGGGCUGUGACCUGGUGCAAGUUGUCCUACCUGAGCCUUUGCUUCCUCUCCUGUAGCCGUGGGGACAGUGAGUUAGCACUGGAGAGCCAGGGUAGAAACGCUGGCUCCAAGGUCAGCAACCAGGAGUUCCAGUGGCUUCUGUCAUCAGGCCCUUCCUGGGAGGAGGGGCCAGGGGAUUCAGGAAGCUGGAGUCCAAAGGAAUUUUUUAUCAGGCAGGAUUGGAUUGAAGCAUUGCCCCAAUCAGAGGCCCAGGGAUUCCUGCCCCACCCUGCCUGUAUAUCAGCACCCAGUGGCAUGGCCUUGGUACUGGGGAGGCUGGAGCCAAGAAGGCAGGUCAGGCAGAUGCUUCUGGACCUCGGGCAGUGUGAGCUUGGGGGCCGAGUCUCUGUGCUGGUCCCCUGCAGAGGCUCAGGGGUGACUGGAGGGGCUGCCUACCCAUCUUCGGAGCCGCUGCUGCCUUGCUGGCAGCCUCCCUGGGGCCACCUGCUCUGGGUGCUCCAGACAUGCAGCCAAGCCCCAGGAUGUGACUUCAUCCAGGCGGAGCCCCCGAGGAGGGGCCCAGCGGUGCCCCCGGCCCGGCUCCCGACCGCCCAGGAGGUGUGCUACAGGCGGGCCCAGCAGAUGCAGAGGGAGUCAGCCAGCUGGCUGCAGGCCGCCCCCCGGCCAGCUGAAAAGCCCUCCUCCGUCCACAUCGCUGCACCUGGAGAGAAACGGAGGAUCGCCCACACCCCCAACCCCCGCUUGGCCACGGCCCCCACAGGUGCCAAGAGGACCCUCUCGGCCAGCAGCAGCCAGGCCUCCCAUGGCCCUGAGCCUGGCAGCCAGCCGCUGAAGACGCGCACGCUGUCAGGGAUGGCGUCCAAGACCACCACCACCAUCACCCCGAAGCGCGUCGCCCACAGUCCAUCUCUACAGAGUCUAAAGAAACCCAUUAUCCCAAAAGAGUUUGGGGGCAAGGUCCCCACCGUCAUCCGCCAACGCUAUCUCAACCUGUUUAUUGAGGAGUGUCUCAAGUUCUGCUCAUCCAACCAGGAGGCCAUAGAGAAGGCGCUGAAUGAGGAGAAGGUGGCCUAUGACCGCAGCCCCAGCAAGAAUAUCUACUUGAAUGUCGCUGUGAACACACUCAAGAAGCUCAGGGGCCUGGUCCCCAGCACUGUGCCUGGUCUCAGCAAAGCCAGUGGCCGGAGGGUCGUGUCCCAUGAGGUGGUGCUAGGGGGGAAGUUGGCCGCCAAGACCAGCUUCUCACUCAGCCGCCCCAGCAGUCCCCGGGUGGAGGACCUGAAAGGGGCCGCCCUCUACAGCCGCCUCAGGGACUACCUGCUCACCCCGGAGCAGCUGCAGGAGAACGGCUACCCCUUCCCCCACCCCGAGCGGCCUGGCGGCGCCGUCAUCCUCUCAGCCGAGGAGAAGAAGCCCAAGGACCCCUCCUGCAGAGUCUGCUGCCGCUGUGGCACCGAGUACCUGGUGUCCUCCUCCGGCCGCUGCGUCCGCGAGGAGGAGUGCCACUACCACUGGGGGCGGCUCCGGAGGAGCCGAGUGGCUGGGGGCUGGGAGACGCAGUACAUGUGCUGUUCGGCAGCCGUUGGCUCCGUUGGCUGUCAGGUCGCAAAGCAACACGUACAGGACGGCCGGAAGGAAAACCUGGAAGGCUUUGUGAGGACCUUCGAGAAGGAGCUUUCAGAAGACACUCACGCAGGAAUCUACGCCCUGGACUGUGAGAUGUCUUACACCACAUAUGGCCUGGAGCUGACCCGCGUCACAGUGGUGGACACAGAGAUGCGUGUGGUGUAUGACACCUUCGUCAAGCCCGACAACGAAAUCGUCGACUACAACACCAGGUUUUCAGGGGUAACAGAGGCUGACCUCGCGGACACAAGCAUCACGCUGCGGGACGUCCAGGCUGUCCUGUUGAGCAUGUUCAGCGCCGACACCAUCCUCAUUGGACAUAGCCUGGAGAGUGACCUGCUGGCCUUGAAGGUCAUCCACAGCACCGUGGUGGACACAUCUGUACUGUUCCCUCACCGCCUGGGCCUCCCCUAUAAGCGCUCCCUGCGGAACCUCAUGGCCGACUACCUCAGACAGAUCAUCCAGGACAAUGUGGACGGGCACAGCUCCAGCGAGGACGCCAGCGCCUGCAUGCACCUAGUGAUCUGGAAGAUCCGAGAAGACGCUAAGACCAAGCGAUGACUCCCGCCCGCCCACCCGCUGCCCACCCACCUCUCCUGCAGCCCCGGCCCGUCCUUAGCCCCAGGCCUCUUCCAAAACAGUGCAAUAAAUCUCGAGAGCUAAUGCUGUGCGCCUCGCCAAGACAUGGAACUCAGAAGCGGGACGAGCCAGCGCCAUGAGAGAGCAGAGUGCAAAGACAACCCUGCAGCCCAGCCCCUGCCGUGGCCCCUCAUGCCUGUCCCCACGUCCUUGCCCCUCCUAGGCCUGUGCUGUCUGAAGACUGCUGCUGACCAGGACAGACCCAGCCCCUGCCAGGUUCCAGUUGUAUGUCCAGGGCAGUGGGACCUGGCCUGUCCCUGCUCUUCGUAUGCGGUGACGUGGUGGGGGCAGGGCGGGCUGUUGUGGGCUUGUUUGAGACAGGGGUUCUUUUUUUUUUUUUUAUUUUGUAUUGUUAUUUUUAUUAUUAUUAAUUUAAACCUGUUGACUUGCACAGUUACCUCCCCCACCGGAGGAACAAGGCCCUGGUGCGGCUUCCCUCCUGGGGGACAGGGGUGGGCUAGCCAGACCCGAGCCAGUGGCCCGGGUGCCUUUCACAAAGAUCCAGCCCAGGUGGGCCUGGAUGUCCCGCUCUGGGCUCCAGAGAGCUCCUUGUGCUUGGGUGGCUGGCUUCCAGAACCGCCUCCCCCGCCCAUCUAGACUUCCGUGACCUCUGAGAGCCAAACCAGCCCCCAGGGCCCGCCAGCCUCUGGACACUGUCUUCCCACCAGAGCCCCACCCUCCUCCCCAUGGGGUUCUCUGUACCCCACUCUCUCCCACCCUGGGCAGGGACAAUAAAUGUUUGUAUGGAUUUUAGACUCCAUGGUCUGGUGGUGCUCCUGGUGCCCAGCAGGACCUCCGCACACACCCUGUGGGGCCACCAACCCCGGGGCCAGGUGAGGAGAGCAAGUGGGCCUUGUCUCACCUUCAUCAGAUGGCCUCUCUGGGCCCAAGCCAUCCCUGCUUGAGGACCUGUCCUGGAGCAGCCCUGGAGCUUGCCUGGGUGUCUUAGAGCAGCCGGCCCCACUUCCUGUCCCCUGCCUGAGGGUAGAUUCAGCCCCACCUUGCCUGCUCUGGGGGGUGCGCUGCACACAGGGGCCCCUGGGUUGAUGGAGUGAUGCCUGCUCGUAUCUGCGGAAGGCCUGGCCCACUGCGUGCCUCUCCAUCCCCUGGCCAGGAGAUGCCAGCUGCACCAACUGUGGCUGAGUGGCCCCAUCUGUGACUUGUGCUGGCUGGUUGGGGUAAGAGGAGGCCCAAGGCCAUUAGGCCCUCAAUUGUGUGUGUCUAACAAGUCAAGCUGGAGAACUUCUUGGACCAGGAGACAGGGAGGGACUUCAGCUUCGGGGCAGGGUGGAGGUCUGGGUCAGGACACUGUUGGCCACCUAGAAGAGGUAGUCCGCCAUCCUGGUCACUUAGGCUGUUGAAGGCCAGGAGAGUAGGGCCGAGGGCUAAGGACAUGGAGGCCACUCCCCCAGCACUUUCUGUCCCCAGGCUGCAAGGAGAAAGGACUCCUGGAGCCCUGGGGUCCAUGUUGGGGUACCUAGCUCUGUGGGUGUCCCUAGUUAAGUCAGGCCAUCUUCACCCUUGGGGGCUGUUCUUUUGACCAAGUUGACUGUCCCCCACCUUCUGUAAACAAGGCAUUUUCUAAAUAAAUGGUGCCGAUGUAUUCACAGAA